GGUCGCCGCAUUUCGGGAAUUUAAUUCAGGACGAGCAGCGAAAUUCUGUUGGAUUUAAGGAUUUUACUAAAUAUUAAUUGACCUCUUCCUCUCCCCAACAUGGAGGAGAAGAAAAUAAGCUUCGGUUUCAGUAAAAUCGCCAAAAAGAUUCCAUUACAGUCCGGUCCGGCUGCAAGUGUUUCGCUGAAGAAAAACGACACAAAACAAUUUAUCGAAUGUGUGGAGGAGAACUCGAUCAAAACUGUGGGUCCAACGGAGGAACCGGUUGGGCCACUGGUAAUCCCGCUACGAGCACAGGACAAAAUCACAAUCCCGGACCGCUUGGCGAAAGUGCUAAGCGUCAAGCAGGAGAAGCAGGACCGCUUAAAUCAUAAACAAAAACCGGAAGCAACGCUUGUAAAUAGUACCACAGAGGAAGUAACAGUUCCACCGAAUGAAACGCUAGAGCAACAGGCUGCACGCGAAAUCUUGGAAGCCGCGAACCAGACAAACAAUAGUGGGGACGAACAACCAAACUUCGUGGUACCGCUUCUACCUGAAGAGCUUCCUUUAGAUGGUGCACAGGAAAGCACGCUCGAUGAUUAUGAGACGAUUCCGAUACAAUCUUUUGGUAUGGCUAUGCUGCGAGGUAUGGGAUUAAAGGAAGAUCCAAAAAAAGCAGCUGAUAAAGGAGGAUUACUCGACAUUGGACCCGUAAUGCGCCCCAAAGGACUCGGACUGGGUGCCGAUCGGUCGAAGCUAUCAAAAGCUCUGGAUGCGCCGUUGGUACCGCCUGCCCCAGGUGAAGUGUUAGUUAUGAAAAUCGGUGCCCAAGUGAAGGUGCUGGCCGGUAAACAUCAAGAUAGAUAUGGAACGAUUGAGAGCAUCGAUGAGGAGACAAGCCGCGUGAUGGUAAAGUUUACGCUUGGAGGGACAAAGGAAUGGGUCAACGAGUACAUGGUAAUGCUAGUGUCGAAGGAAGAGUACAAUAAGUAUUCAAAAGUGUUGAAUGCAGCAAAGUACGAGGAAAUGAAGAACCGCGAGAAAUCGGAUAACAGAAGUUUAGAUUCGUCGAGUAGAACUAUCACUGAAAGGGAUCGCCAACGACCGAGACGAUCACGUUCUCCACCACGAGAGAGUGAAAACAGUGCUCGCAGGAGAAACAGAAGAUCUUCGCAAAGGGAGAGCUCAAGCGAAGGAAGCUUUUCCGGCAGUGAGAAUGAUGGGAGAAACCAUCACAAAAGGAAGCAUAAAAAGGAUUCCUCUUCGACUGCCUCGUACGUUCGUACUUCGUCGGGCACUAAGAAGAAAUCGCACAAGUACAAGCAACGUCGCAAUGAGCAGCGUCGCCAUGGGUCGGACUCGGAAUCGGACGACAGGCAUCAUAAGAAGAAGACCAAGAAAAGCAAAAAACCUCGCAGCCGAUCACGCAGUCGCCGCUAGAGAAAGACGACGCCAUGAGUCAAGAAGUGAACUGUUCGUUCUUCAUGUGUCUUCAAGUCCUUUCAAAUCUAAUAGAUAUAUUCAAAAUAUUAUUAUUUUGC